AUGUGUUGUGGUGUAACGUUGCUUGAUACGAUCAGAGUUGCAAUAAAGACCGAUAUCAGACGAGAAAAAUGCUCAUGAAUUGGAAGAUCGUCGUUCCUUUGCUCGCGGUGUCAUUCAUCGUGGUGAGCGCCGCUGGGAUCCCGGGGGUGGUCGUGGACGCAGAUAUGAAGGACCAAGCUACCAGAGACGCGCUGCAGUUCGCGGUGGCCGAAUACAACAAGGGAACAAACGACCUGUAUGUUUGGCAGAUGGCCAAGGUUGUCAAGGUUCAGAAACAG